AUGCCAGCAGCAGACCAUCCUCCAACCACCACCACCACCACCACCACAAGCAGCGGCGCCUCCUCCUUCGAUGCUUCCUUCGAUGAGGACGACGCCGUGAUGCGUGCACGCGCCACGCCAUGCGCGACCAUCAUGCGCAUCAGUGCUGCGCUCGGGGCCAUCGGAGGCGGCAUGUCCGGUCCCCUGCUCACCAGGCUCAUGCAUGGAUUCUCGAACACGCCGGCGCAGCGGAGGCGCACGAUGGUGCUGGGCGCUGUUGUCGGCGCAAUGGUCGUGCCGUACAUUACCUUCCACAUCUCGCCGAACUGCAGCGAAAUCAACCGACGUGCAUACGACUGGAAUCGACGCAUCUUCUAA